AUGUUCAGUCCACCCAGCUCCCGCAGGUCGAGGUCCAUCCUCCUCCUUGUUCUGGCCUCAGUCACCGCGUACUACCUCAUCUUCAGCGGUCCCACCCCCAGCCUCCAUGUCAUCCCAUACGUCAACAGCGGCGGCGGCGACAGCCCGGACCAGGCCCAGCCCGGAUCCGGCGAGCAGGUCGCUCUCAAGGACCGUCCCAACAACAGCCCCUGGAACAUUGACAUCAGCGAGAUUGACGGAUGGCAAGACCCCGAUGACAACGAGGACCCCAACGAUGUCGAGCCCGGAGAGGAGCUUGACGGUACCUGGAGGGACCCCGGUGCCAUCGCCAGGCUCAAGAAGGAGAAGGACUCUCGCCGACUCUGGAGGUAUCUCUACAAGGUUACCAAGGACCUCCCCGGCUCCAACCUCAUCUACGGCAACACCCUCGACACCCUCGACUACAAGGAGGACCGCACCCCGGCCCAGGCCGCCGCCCUCAGGGAGGACCCCGAUGUCGAUGUCAGCUUCACCGAGGAGCAGCCUGUCCGCUUCAACCCCUACCCCGACUACAACAGUGACGAGUGGAAGUCGUCCAGGCACGCUCCUUACGUCCCUUGCAAGGGUGCCACUGGCGAGCUGAUCGAGGAUCUUCUGGUCUUCAAGGGCCGUCCCCACGACUUCCCCGAGCCCAGGAUGGGUCACUACGACCCCUUCGGCCUCGACUUCAACAUCUGCUGGGAGCGCGAGACUCGCCUGGGCCCUUACGGCUUCACUCAGCAGAUGAAGAAGAUUGGUGGCGAGUCGGAGCCCGUCGACUGGGACAAUGUCAACUGGGGUGACCUGCAGCGCCGCUGCGUACACAAGAACGCCAAGCGCUUCGACCUCCACAAGAGCCGCGAGAACCCCUACCUGGACGCCUACCCCGAGACGGCCAAGGACGUCAAGGUGGUCAGCAAGGAGCAGCGCGAGGACGAGGUCGAGCCGUCGUCCGAGGUGAUGAAGCGUGACGCCAGCAGCAGCUUUGACGCUGGGGCCGUCGAGGAGCCCACCCAUGGCAGCGACCAGGGUUACAAUGCUGAGAAGCGCACCGCCCUCCUGCUGCGCGCCUACACUGGCAAGGAGUACACGGAGAAUGACAAGCACUUCAUCCGUGCCAUGAUCAACGAGCUGUCCCUCAAGUCUGGGGGCGAGUACGAGGUCUACCUCCUCGUCCAUGUCAGGGAGAAGGAGCUGCGCAUCUUUGACGAUCCCGAGACCUACCAGAAGGUGCUCCACGACAACAUCCCCCCCGAGUUCCACGGCAUGACCGUCCUCUGGAACGACGAGGUUGUCGGAAACAUCUACACCCAACUCACCGACAGCAACGAGCGCAGCGUCCACACUGCCCAGUGGCUCUCGGUCCAGAAGUUCAGCCACGACCACCCCCAGUUCGAUUUCAUCUGGAACUGGGAGAUGGACUUCCGCUCCACCGGCCACCACUACGACAUGCUCGACAAGAUCGGUGCCUUUGCCCGACGUCAGCCCCGCAAGGGUCUCUGGGAGCGCAGCGAGCGCUACUACAUCCCCGCCUACCACGGCAACUACGACACCGACUUCCGCCAGGACAUCGAGGACCGCCACGGCAACGAGACCAUCUGGGGACCCCCCGAACUCCCCUUCAUCCACCCUGUCGGCCCCAAACCGCCCGUGGACUCGCCCGAUGCUGACAACUACGAGUGGGGUGUCGGCGAGGACGCCGACGUCAUCACGCUCAAUCCCAUUGUCAACGCCAUCAACAGCAACUGGAUCAUGGCCAAGGACGUCUGGGGCUACUCUGACGAGAACCACCCCGGAUCGGAUCUUCCCCGCCGCGUCACCAUCGUCACGCAUUCGCGUAUCUCGAAGCGCCUCCUCGACGUUAUGCACGUCGAGAACAUGAGGGGCAACCACAUUGCUUCCGAGAUGACGCCCCAGACCGUGGCCCUCCUGCACGGUCUCAAGGCCGUCUUCGCCCCCCACCCCGUCUUCAUGGACCGCGACUGGGACGGCGACUUCCUGGCCAAGUGGUUCAACCCCGGUCUCCACGGUGAGAGCGGAGGCCACUUCAGCCCCUACGGUUGGGGUCGCGAGCGCCGCUACCAAGGAACCACGUGGUACUACCGCGCCGUGCCUCCCAACCGCAUGUUCAACAACUGGAUGGGCUGGAUCGACACCGGCUUCGGUGGCAAGCGCUGGGAGCAGAAGCACGGAAGGCCUUGCCUGCCGUCCAUGAUGCUUCACCCGAUCAAGGAUUCCGUGCCCACCAAGAAGGGCUACAAGGGUGAUUCCAACCUCCCUUUUGGAUAA